CAUAUUGUGCUGUCAUCUUUCGUGUUGUCAUCACCAUCCGUUUUUGAAAGAUUUAAAUAUGCCUCCCGUUGAAUUACAGGCAGCUAACAUGUCAUUGGGGGCAAUGCAUUGCACCCGAUGUGCAGAUGGUUUUGAACCAAAUGAGAAAAUAGUCAAUUCCAAUGGUGAAUUGUGGCACACCCAAUGUUUUGUUUGUGCCCAGUGCUUCCGGCCUUUUGAAGAUGGCAUUUUUUACGAAUUCGAGGGACGCAAAUAUUGUGAACGUGAUUUCCACGUUCUAUUUGCCCCGUGCUGCAAUAAAUGUGGCGAAUUCGUUAUUGGUCGCGUAAUUAAGGCCAUGUCGGCCAGUUGGCAUCCACAGUGCUUCCGUUGCCAGUUGUGUUCCAAAGAAUUGGCCGAUUCUGGUUUUAUACGCAAUCAAAAUCGUGCCCUAUGUCACGAAUGUAAUGCCAAGGUUAAGGCUGAAAUCACUGGUCGUUAUGUGUGCCAAAAAUGCCAUGGCCUUAUCGAUGAUGAACCAUUACGUUUCCGUGGUGAAGUCUAUCAUGGCUAUCAUUUCAAUUGUACAGCCUGUGGCCAGGAAUUGGAUUCAACAGCAAGAGAAGUUAAAAGUCGUCCCGGUUUGGCAGCUAAUGAUAUGAAUGAAUUGUAUUGCCUACGUUGUCAUGAUAAAAUGGGCAUACCCAUUUGUGGCGCAUGUCGCCGGCCAAUCGAAGAACGCGUUGUUACAGCGCUGGGUAAACAUUGGCACGUUGAGCAUUUCGUUUGUGCCAAAUGUGAGAAACCCUUUUUGGGACAUCGUCACUAUGAGAAACGUGGUCUGGCAUACUGUGAAACUCAUUAUCAUCAAUUGUUUGGCAAUUUGUGUUUUGUGUGCAAUCAAGUAAUUGCUGGAGAUGUAUUUACGGCCCUGAACAAAGCCUGGUGUGUUCAUCAUUUCGCCUGUUCGGUGUGUGACAUGAAAAUGACUCAAAAAUCGAAAUUCUAUGAAUACGAUGAGAAGCCAGUGUGCAAGAAAUGUUAUGAACGUUUCCCCAGUGAACUGAGAAAACGUUUACGUACCGCUCAUGAACUGACCAUGAGUAAGAAGAUGUAAAG